AUGCGUGCCAUCGUGCUAACUAUAUUAUUUAUAUGCAUUCAAUUAGCGCGUCAACGAAUUGCGCCAUUGUUCGACGAGACGCGCGGUCGUGCGAUCGUCGGCGAGUACGUCUGUUUCGACGUCGCGCAUCGAUCACGAGCCGCCGAACAACGGGGUGCCAAUGUGCGUCGAAAGCGUCUCACCAACAUUUUUAGCGAUGAGCACGAGCGAAAGGUUUGCGUUUUGGACGACAAGACGCAGACGAGCUACACGCUGAAGAAGAUCAUGCACGGCGGCAAUUUUUCCGACGAUCUCAACACAUUCACCUACUACGAUAUUCCGUCGGCGUGGAUCGGAAUCAAUGAUCUCGAUGAGUGGAGGGCGAUCGAUUUGUCGAAAUGCGAUGCGACCAAGAAUGAUGAGAUUCUGUGUAAACCCGACGCGAUUUUGCAUCCAGCCGUAACACUGGACAACGUCGAAAAUUUUUCGGCUCUCAAAAUCGUCGAUAGCGGCGAUCCAUUCUUCGCUCUCGCUCGCAAACUCGGCGCCACCUACUCGAUUGCAACGCGCGUCGAUCACGGUUCGCUCGCCAACAACGGCAAUUUCUUCAACGUUCAACCGCUUCCAAUUCCCGACCACGUUUUCCAUUUGAGACCGCCGAAGAAUGCGGCGAUCGCGAUUGGCCACGCUCUAAUUAAGCCCUAA